GUAACGGUAAGCACGUCACUUCGAAUCUCCCAUUCCUAAUUCUCCCAAUACAGGAGAUGGGAAGUUUCAUCUUCAAGUCAUUCCUUUAAAAUAAAUAAAUCAUCUUACAGAGCCAUCUAGGUUAGGCCUUCAUCAUCUAGGGCUCACUGGCAGUUGGUUGGACUGCCUCCCCCUUGCCGUGAACAUGGCGACGCCAUCGACAUCGACUUUGGAUCAGUCGCCUCUCCUACGAUCGCGUUCAUCCUCGACGUUAGGAUCGCUUAGCUCGAACACCUCCAUCAGCGAUGCCUCCCGAAAUCUGAAGCUCCGGCAUAAGACGCGUGCCCUACGCGCUGUCGCCUUCGUCGUAUCUAUCGUCACAGCCCUCUGCGCCGGAUCCAUCACUGUCUUCUCGCUCUACGGACACCUCUUCCAGUCGCGGCUACAUUACACCCAAUUCCAAAUCAACGGCAUCGCUAGUGCCAUGAGCCUCUCCAUGUACCUCCCGGUCCCCGUGAUAGGAUUCUUGUGCGACCGAGUAGGGCCUGGCCCGCUCUCUCUGUUAGCCUCGAUCCUACUAGGGGGUGGCUACGGAUUGGCAGCUGGUUUAUAUCACAAGGGUCUUGGAGAAGUUGAGGAUGGAGGGAAGGGCGUGAAAACUACAUUCCCUCCUAUGCUGUUUGCCUUCGUGGCUAUUGGUAUAGGCACGUCGUGUAUGUACCUGGGCGCCAUUACUACAUGUGCCAAGAACUUCGGCCAGGGUAAAUAUCGAGGCUUGAUGCUGGUUGCUCCUAUCGCGUCAUUUGGUCUUGGUGGAAUGGUCCUUAGUCAGAUCGGGAGUCGGAUUCUCUACGAGACACAGCCGGAUGGAGCUAGAGACGUGAACGUAUUUCAUUUCUUCCUGUUUCUCUGCGUCGUUCUCGCAGUCCUUGGACUCGUCGGUACCUUUUCGUUACGGAUUGUAGAUGAGGAGGACCUCAUCGAUGGAGCGGUAGAAGAACUAGAGAGGAGCGGGCUCCUCGAGGGAAGCGAGGUCUUCCGCCGCCGAGCGCACCGGGACUACGGUGCUAUUGAUACCAUCGAUGACGAUGCUGGAGCCAUAGACCCGGCUAGGGACGAGGAAGACGAAGAUGAUAACGCUAGGUUGAAAAAGGCCUGGCUUCUCAAUGCUGAGACUAGGAGAUUUUUGUCGGAUCAUACAAUGCGGUGGUUCGGUAUCGGCUUUUGGCUCAUCAUUGGACCAGGCGAAGCGUUUAUCAACAAUCUCGGCACCGUAGUUGGAACUUUAUAUUCUCCGAGCACAAGGUCAAACGAAACGUCGGUGGCGACACAUGUUUCUAUCAUGGCUGCGGUGAGCACGGUUGCUCGUUUGCUCGCAGCAUCGCUGAGCGAUUUGUUAUCGCCAAGUCCUCAUAGCCAGCACGUUCAGACGGGAUUUCCAACCUCCCUUCCAGAGCUCAGACAAAAGAUAUCAGUCUCACGCAUAGUUAUAUUCAUUGCUGCUGCUAUUAUCUUAUCCGUCGGAACGCUAGUACUGGCUUCCGGUGCAGUUCAGGAGCACGGGGAACGUUUUUGGAUUGUAUCCGGUGCGAUUGGAGCAGGAUAUGGCGCAGUAUUCAGCUUGACACCGAUCAUCGUGACGAUGAUCUGGGGCGUUGAGAACUUCGGCACCAAUUUUGGCAUCCUCGCACUCACGCCCGCUCUGGGUUCCACGAUGUGGGGUCUUAUUUACUCCGCGGAAUACCAGGCCGGUGCUCGAGAUUCACCUUCGCUGGCUGAAGGAGCUGAUAAAGAUGUAUUCUGUUAUGGCACAAAGUGUUAUUCGUCCACGUUUUGGGCCAUGACGAUCUCCGUGUGGAUCGGGGCGGUCAUGAUUUUCUGGGCUUGGAAAGGCCGAAAUGGUUGGUCUAAGAGGGGAAUUGUGAUUUAGAGGCAUAGACCUACAUACCAACCUAACCUAUACAGCACACAUGUGCGAAUAAGGAAUGUAUUUACACAUAUCACUUUUAACUGGGAGCGAUUUAAGUUUUGGGACAGGUUUUUUCAUUUGUACAUACUGGGUCUCGAUCUUCUGUGUUGGAGUUAUUGGUUGGGUCCUGUUAGGAACAUUGAAGGUUAGAAGGACUAUCAUUCAAGGAUAGAAUCAACCAAGGUCAGAUUGUGUUUUUGAUUUAUUAUCGUCUGAGCUCACGCUUGGAAGAGGGUUAUCUGGGAGUUGGGCCUUCGCAAUGUUAAUUAGCGUUGUCCAGUCGUAGAUACGCCAUGUAAGAUCUGAAUGUGUAUCUAUCCUACCGUAUGACC